AUGUCCUGUAACCGAACUUCACUUAAGGCUUUAGUGGUGGAGCGUCUGACUGCGGCUGCGGAUCAGAUCUUUGCGCUGUUUGAGACCACGAUAGCGGAAUAUGAAGAGGAAGUGCGCAAAUGUAGAGAGAUACAGUGCGCUAAUGCUAAUGCUAAUGCUAACGGGAUACAGCACGUGGAGCAGAGCGAGGCUACACCACAGCCUCUGGACCUGGACAUGGGUCUAGACCUGGACCACAGUCUGGGAGACACGAAACCGUGGUCCAAGUGGACACAGACAGAGGACCAAGGUCCGUUCCUGAGCCUGAACCAGGACCAAGGUCCGUUCCUGAGCCUGAACCAGGACCUGUCUGGGUUUGUGCAGAUCAAACAGGAGCCAAAGGAACCAGCGGAGAUCAAACAGGAGCAGGAUCCUCUCAUACAGGCUGUUCCAGAGUUUUCCUUUGUCUGUGGUAAAACUGUAGACCCUCAAACGCAGAGCCCAGACCUCGAUGUGGAGGACUCUGUGGACCCCGACGUGGAGGACUGGACGGCUCCGUUCAGCUGCUCAGAGACAGAAGAUGGCGAUGAACAAAACACAGGUCUUCCCUCGAGCGUCUUCCCCCAGACUCCAAACUACACAAAGCGUCGCAGAUUCCAGUGCCACAUUUGCCAACGGUUUCUCUCCACGAAACACUCAUUAGAAACUCACCUUCGUGCCCACGCAGGAGAGAGACCUUACGGCUGCUCAGUUUGUAGUAAGAGCUUUACAAACAGGACCGACCUCCGUAAGCACAAGACCACGCACCGCAGUAGAUUCAGCUGUUCCAAGUGUGACCGUGUUUGUGCCACACGACAGGAGCUGAAGGAGCACGCCAGGUCCCACCCCAGGAGGCGCCUCAAACCUUUCGGGUGUUCCUAUUGUGAGAAGAGCUUUGUUUACCAGCACACGCUGGAGACGCACAUGAAGAGAAACCAUAAACGCUUUCUUCAGGGCGAGAAGCAGUUCCCGUGCCAGUCGUGCAAUAAGUCUUUUGUCCACAAGGAGUCGCGAGAACUCCACGUGAAGAGCGUGCACAUGGGAGAGGCGCUGUUCACGUGUCAGCUCUGUGGAAUGAGCUUCACCUCUCGCGUCCUGCUUAACAAACACUCUGCCACACACACAGGGGGCAAACCUUUCAGCUGUUUGUUCUGCGACAAAAGCUUCUUCAAGAAAUCUGACCUGAUCGUGCACAAGAAGAAGCACUCAGGAGAGAGACCCUUCAGCUGCUCAGUGUGUGGCAAGAAGUUUCUGUACCGGAAGGUUUUUAAUGGGCACCUGGAGAAACACCGAGAGCAGCAGAGGGAGGUGAGGGAGGUGCUGGGGGAGGUGCUGGGGGAGGUGCUGGGGGAGGUGAAGGUGCAGAGAGAGAACUGA